CCACUGCAAGAGAGGAUUAUGGCUUGGUGAAAUCCGGCGUCCGGGCUGUGGCCAGCGGCAAGACCAGAGAUUUCGCUGCUAGCCCCGCCCGUCUCUGACGCGCUUAGUGAACUAGAGCUGUCGCGGGUAGCGCCAUCAGUCUCCGGCGCGCUUCGCCGCCGGGAGCCGUGGGGUGGGUUUGGAAGGCGGUGAGACGGGAGUCGUCGCCACUAGCUAGCGUCGCGCGCCUUCGGCACGCUGAGCUGCUGGGGCCGUGGUCUUAGAUGGAGGAAAGAUGGGAUCCGUCGUGGUUAGCUCUGCUCACCUCAGAGGCGCUGUGGUACACCCGACCGUGUCCUUGGCCGGCGGCAAGAUGGGAGCCAUCACGGCUAGUGGUGCCCGUCUCCGGCGCACCCAAGGCCAUGCCAAGGUUCUGUCCAGCCCGCUCCGUGGGAGAUGGUGCCAUGGUGGAACUGCUGCACCGUCAGCCGAUGGCCGAGAUGCCGCGCAGUCGCACUAGAAGGAGCGAGCUUGAUGCAGACUCAACAGGAAAAGGAGCAAGAACAUACCUACAGACGACGAAGUGCCAGGAGCUCCAUCCAUGCUGAAGAACACCGUAGAUGUUGAUCCACGGAGAGGACAAUUUUCUGUCAAUCUUGAUCUAUUCUCCUCCCAUCCGGAGUGGGUAACAAUGGAAAUAGAUUGGUAGGACAAAGGAUGAAGCCACGAAAGAGAUUUUGGCGGCAAUCUGUUGUUACGCGGGAGAGAAAGAUGUGGUUUCGCUGAUUUUCUAGAACCUAAUUGCAAUCAGAGAGAUAUGCUGGGUUGUUUAA